AUGGCGUGGGACGAUCCGCCAAAAUCUUCGAAGCCAUGGCCUCUCAUAGAGGCGGAGGAAAUGGGAGACUUAGGUCAAGCGACUCCAGGCAAAGAUGAGAGUCAGCAAAAGGUCAGGCCGCCUCAACCGACGUCCGUUCGAAGUUCGACCAGACGGGAUGAGAAUUCUCUCGAGGAGACUGAUCCAGUGGAUGACGAGGAGGCCUUAUAUAAGAGAUUCAGCCGUCCUCCAACUUACUGUGACUCGCGGAACGAUGUGCACAGGAAGCAGCAUAACUGGCUCUCGAUGUCUAUCUUGAUUCUGUCAUUCUACUCCACAGGACUCAGCUGCCUCUGGCUCGUUGUGGCUAUUGUACAGCCACGUUGGGGUCCUCAAAUCUCGUCAAGCGGUGGCAUCCUCCCGUCAACAGCAUCUUUGGUAUGCGCAAUGUUUGCCAAGACGAUUGAAAUAUCUUUCGUGACCGUAUUUGUCACCUUUAUCGGCCAGGUAUUGACACGUCGCGCAUUUGUGAGGAGGUCAGAGGGCAUGACCUUGGCUGAGAUGACGAUGAGAAACUGGGUUAUUCAACCUGGAUUCCUGAUCACCCAUUGGGAGACGCUGCCGUACGCCGGUAUGACCAUUCUCGGAGUAGUGUCUCUCGUUGCAACCGUUGCUUCGACGUUUUAUACGACUGCGUCAGACGCCAUGAUCACUCCAAAGCUUAAAUUUGGCGACUGGGAGACGAAGACAUUGAGCGGCUAUGUUCUGGCGUCCUACAUGAACCCGCCCUUUGCGCGUGAAGCCUGCCCGACACCACUACGAGAUAGUGACCCAUUGGGUGUUGAUGUUGCUGGAAAUGCUUGCCUGGAAGUGCAAUAUGCCGGCCAAUCAUAUCGCAACUUGGUCUCGUUCCUAGGUGAUUGGGAAUCCAUCAAUCGCAACGGAACAAGUGAUGCCGUUGAUGUUCAACACCGCCCUGUAGGAACGGCUUUGUUGUACGACAACACAACGCUCACCUCUGCUUGGAUUGAGACCACCUAUAGCAACACGACUGAGCAACACAUGCGCUUCAAUAGGAUAAUCAACAAUGUGACGCUCGCAAUUCCCCAUCCGAGUGUCUACGAUGCAGCAACAAAUCCAGUCAACAAGAUUCUUCAGCCGAAUGACUUGUCGGGUGUAGGAGAGUACGGCAUCAGAGCGAGUGUGGUCUCGCCCGCACUGAACGUCAUGUGUGUCAACAUGUCUCCAGAGGAACUGGAGCCAUUGGUCUAUACAGAGUGGCCCAUAGGGAAGGUUUUGUACGACGACACGACAGUUCCAGGACAGAGAACCGGGAAAUCGGACUGGGAGAAAUAUGUUCCCGGCGCUUCGGAAACGGAGUGGCUAAAUCGAACGUCGGUGGAUGAGAUCUUUCGCUGGGGCCAAGACUAUGGGCGACGGCCGCCGGUGUUCCCGCUGUACCCUGCGGACUACAACAUGAUAACCAACACGUCGGUAGAGAGCGACGCCAUUUACAUCCUCACAAAGUCGGCGUCCAUCACAGAUUAUACUCUUUGUGAGAUGAGAUCGUGGGUGUCACCCAAUUGCUCAACCCACUUCAACAUCUCGGGCACAGCAGGAGCGCAUAUGCAAGCACACUGCGAUGACCCCGAUGAUACAGACAGCUACACCAACGUCCACACCGAAGUCACGGAAUCCACACCCGUGACGGACUGGAGGAAUAUUGCGGAUCAAUGGCGUCUGUCAAUGGACAUCAACGGCGGAGCCCAAAACAACAACGCCUCCAACGCCCGCAUCCUUACCCAAUUCGUCCUCCAAGAGCCGCAGCUCAACCCCCUCCUCCCCUCGAUAGCCGAAGCCCUCGCCGUCUACGCCUCGUCAACCCUCAUCAUCGGCGGACUCAACACCCCCUUUGAACACUACUGGCGCCACGAGAAGAUGCAGCUCGGCGCGCCGGGCAGCCUAGACCCCUUCAACGCCUCGAUCCGCACGCAGGAGUACACGUCGGGCCACAGCGCCGAGUGGCAAAAGUGCUUCUACCUCGUUCUCGCCCUCGUCUUCGUCAUCAACGUUGUCUGCCUCGCCUACCUCCUCUCCCGGUCCGGCCUGGUGACGGACUUUACUGAGCCGCAGAACCUGUUUGCGCUGGCCGUCAACUCGCCGCCGAGCGAGCAGCUCAAGGGCAGCUGCGGUGGCGGGCCGGUGAAGAGGGAUCUGGUUGUGCCGUGGCGUGUUGGGUAUACAAGUGGUGCGAAUCACUACUUUUUCGAAGAGGCUAACCACAGGCCGUGGCGCGGCAAGUAUUCCAAGCAGGACUUGUCUGCUGACACGGGGUACAAUGGACAAGAGCGGAGUAGUUACAAGAGGCUGAGCACAAGGAAUACAUGGUUCUGA